AUGAGCUCGAGCCAGAGGACGCUCCGGGACGUGAUGAUGCAGGAGGACAGGCCGACCACCAUGGCCAGCCGCCUCCUCGCCCCGGACGCCUCCCUCUCCAACCCCUCCUUCCGCAACUACUACGGCGUCGCCUCCGCGGGCUCGGUGCCGUUCCACUGGGAGUCGGCGCCGGGGACGCCCAAGAACGACGGCUUCUCGUCCAGGGCGCUCCCGCCCAUCACGCCGCCACCUUCCUACUACAGCAAGACGAAGAUCACCAAGUCAGAGUCCUCCAAGAAGCUGCUCUCAUCCUCCAGGCCGGCCAGCUUCGUCCCGACGAUGUUCCGCAGGAGCCACACGAUGCCGGCUCCCUCGCCGUCCAAGGAGUGCAGCCGGAGGAAGAGGCUGGUGGCCAGCCCGCCGCGGUCGUCCUUCUCGUCGACGUCAAGGGGAGAUGACGAAGAAGCGGACGGCGGGGCGGCGUCACCGACAUCUACCCUGUGCUUCCGCGCCCGGCGCUCCGGCGGGGGAACCGGCAGGCUGCAUGGGAUGAUUGCCUCCGUGGUGGGAAGGUAA